CUCUCUUCUAGAUUUAUGUAUUCCUAAUACAGAAUGUUCAAAUGAGGGGAUCCAAGCCUAAUAAAUCUUCAGUUUCCUGACUGGAGCCCCAAGAUGGUCCCAUUAUGUCAAGAGUUCCUUUCUGGGGAAAAGAAAGCAUGUGGUAUAGAAGUGAAAGAGUGCUGCAACUGUGUCCUCUGAGAAAAACUGGCAAAGAUAAGCCAACCCUUGAAGAUGCUAUAUUUGACCCUGAUAGUGAAAUCAAAAAUGGUAAAGGAUCCAAUAGCAGCCUUGGAAGGGCAGCAGGUGACAAAGUCAUCCCCCUCUUUCCGCCUCAGUGUAGAGAAUGCAAUGCUUGUCGCGACCCAGAUGGCAACCUUUGUAUAAGGAGUGACGUUACUGGUCAUGGAGUCCUGGCUGAUGGCACCACCAGAUUUACGUGCAGGGGCAAACCAGUCUAACACUUCAUGAGCACUAGUACAUUUACUGAGCACACGGUGGUGGAUGAAACUUCCAUUGCUAAGAUCGAUGAUGCAGCUCAUUCUGAGAAAGUCUGUUGAAUUGGAUGUGGAUUUUCCACUGGAUAUGGGACUGCUAUUAAAACUGGCAAGGUCACCUGUGGUUCGACUUGUGUGGCCUUUGGCCUGGGAAGAGUUGGCCUUUUGGUCAUCAUGGGCUGUAAGUCAGCUGGUGCAUCCAGGAUCAUUGGGAUUGACCUCAACAAAGACAAAUUUGAAAAGGCCGUGGCUGUCAGAGCCACUGAGUGCAUCAGCCCCAAGGACUCCACCAAGCCCAUCAGUGAGGUGCUGUCAGAAAUGACAGGCGACACUGUGGGCUACAGUUUUGAAGUUACUGGGCAUCUUGAACCUAUGAUCAAUGCCCUUGCAUCCUGCAACAUGAACUAUGGGGUCGGCGUGGUGGUAGAGGCUCCUAUAUCAGCCAAGAUGCUCACCUAUGACCCAAGGCUGCUCUUCCGUGGACGCACAUGGAAAGGAUGCAUUUUUGGAGGUUGGGAAAGCAGAGAUGAUGUUCCAAAACUAGUGAGUGAUUUCCUGGAAAAGAAAUUUGACCUGGACCAAUUGAUAACCCAUGUUUUCCCUUUUAAACAAAUCAAUGAAGGCUUUGAACUGCUCUACUCACAUCAAAGGUUAUCUGUUUUUUAUGGUUCUCUUGUCUCCUCCCCAUAGGUCACUUUUUAAAUUUAGUAUUUAUAAAUGCAUCUGUUUCCUUCAUAUUUUAUUUCUGAUUAUUUUAUGUAGCAAGAUUGAUAUAGCUGAUUACUUCUUCUUCAUAGACUUAUUAUAUCAUCGUCUUAUAUUAACCAAUUUUUAAAAAAACUUCUGGCCUUCAUUUUUUUGUACUAGAUUGAUUUCAUCUUGGCUAUUUUUAUUUCAGCACAAAGCUGCUCACUUCUUCAAGUAAUGCCACAAAAUUUCCUUACUUUACAGUUUUCAAAGUGCUUUUUAAAAUGUGUUUUCUUCCGAUCCUUGAAGGUUAGGUUUUUUUUGCUUAUUUGUUUGUUUUUUAACUUUUGACCUCCUUCAUCUAUUUCUCCCACCCAGUACUCCUGCUUCUGGCAACCACCAAUCUGUUCUCUGUAUCUGUGAAGUUGUUGCUUUAGAUUCCACACACAAAUAAGAUCAUACAGUAUUCGUCAUUCUCUGACUGACUUAUUUCACUUAGCAUAA